GAAAAUUUGUGUUGUGUAAUGCUUCACAUAUCCCGGUAUCGUAGCAUUCCUAGUAUCAAUUUCAGUUGAGAUGGGGUUUCAGUUCAUCGGUCAGGUAUUAUAACAGGGAGCUUUCUAUUACUGAGCGGUUGCUUUGCUGCGAGCAUAGUGACAUUCGUUCAUGAUUUUUAAAUUGUUUAAAUUACGUUGUCAUUUGAUUCAUGUGUCUUAUCUAAUUUUAUUUUGAUACUGCAAAUGUGAUGUUAAUUUACUGGUUCUGGCAAAGGUGAAAAUCCCGCUAUUGAGGUAUCCCCAAUAUUUAAUUCAUACGUUAAGUUGAUCGUGUAGUUAGCUGUGUCAUGUUCAGUUGAGAUGGGGUAUUGUGGAUUAAUAUACUGGUGAUGCUGGUGUAAUUUUUUGGGGGCUGAAGUUUGACGCUCUGUUUGGUUGCUUAGAUAAUGGAGGAAAACCACUAGUUGUAUUGUUUUUUUUCUUUUUUGGCUACUGAAUAAAGGCUUAAGAGUUUGUUUGAGGUAGUGCCUUAAAGUUAUUGCGGCCUGUUAGUUUUUAUAGGUUGAAUUCCUCAGAGAAUCAUUGGUUAGUUGGAUAUGUUUUUGUGUCAUCUUCAGUAUAGUGUAUAUGGUCAUUUUGGUAUUAUUAUCAGUUGUAAAGAAGAAUGUCUGAAUGUUUGAGAAAUUGUCUGUGAUGUGAGUUUAGCGUAUAUUCGUGGAAUUUAAUUUGGAAGUGUUUUGGCUGUGUUUAUUGGCCAAAUGAAAUAUUAUUACUUGUUUGUUUGUUAAAUUAUCACUUGCAUUGUACAUACAAAAUGAUGAGGACAUAACUGUGAGGAGUUCUUCGCAAUUGGUAACCAUAAGUCCUGGUGUCCUUUUUAGUUUGACAUUCUAUGCCUACUAUGUCUUAUAUCUUAUUUGUUGGAUUUCUUGACCCUUAAUUGAUUAGCCCGCGGAUUAGCGGGUGGCAAUGUGCUGGGCAGAUUAAGGCUGAGUCAUUGGACCGAGCAAAUGAGCUUGAGGAGAUGCAGGAGAAACUGGAGGCUAGAAGAGUUGUGAUAGAAAAAAUGUCAAUGCGUUCUAAGGUUGCUGAGGAGGACGCUAAAAAGCAGGAGGAAAGACUUGGUAUGGAAGUUAGAUCUCUAUUAGUGGCUGGGACAGCUCUUUCUGUCGCUAGGAGGCGAUUGCAGGAAUCGAAUAAGUUACUUUCUGGAGAAACGGGUUAUGGUCAUCUCCAAAAUUUGAAUAAGAAGUUACGAUUGAGACAACAAUUUAUGAUUCAACAAGUAUCUUUGCUCUAUCCCGUAAAGAUCUUGGUUGGACCAAAACAAGAGCAAGAACUUGAAUCAUUUCCAAGUGGUAGUAGAUCAGGGAAUGCUGCCGGAUCUAAACCUGUUAAUCCAGGAUCCCUAACAAUCUUAGGCCUGCAUUUGACUAUGCUUCCUUUUACAAAGAUGAGUCUUUUUAGUGAUAAGAAGGAGGUUCAGAGGUCUGCAACUGCCUUGGGAUAUAUUGCACAUGUUGUUUCACUUACAGCUUCUUAUUUACAAGUUCCACUGCGUUAUCCUUUGCGCUUGGGUGGUUCCCGCUCAUACAUAAAUGAUUAUGCACCUUCGAUAGAGCCUUCAUCAUCUGAUUUGUCAUUGAGCACACUGUCCACAAAUACAAAGCCUGUAGAAUUUCCUCUCUUUUUAGAUGGUCAAGACACUACAAGAGCAGCUUAUGCUGUAUUCUUGUUAAAUAAGGAUGUAGAGCAGCUAUUGAAUUUCAUUGGUGUGAAGAGUUUAGGACCACGCCACGUUCUGGCUAAUUUGAAGGAGCUUUUAAGGACCAUACAGUCUGCAGAAUAUAUAGAUACAUGAUACGGUCAACUGGUAUUGACUGUAAGUUAGGAACCUCUCUGUAAAUGUUUACUUGUAUUCUUACACGGGUGCAAAUUUUUCAUGAGCACCAUUUAGUACAGCAAAUAUUUCUCAUUCUCAAUUCUUUCUCUAGAGUAUAUUGU